AUGGCCAACAACUGGUCAGAUGCCACCUGCAUCCGCAAUAAUUUGGCGGCGGAUCGCCAAGAUACAUGGGGCUUCUUCUUUUAUCGUACAUGCUGCUACGACGAUGAUGCACAGUGGGAGAGUUUCCUUGAGCGGAUGAAAGCAUUCGCAGAAAAGGCGUUACUCAAUCCUAGGACGGCGAACAAGAAUGGCGACGGAGAGAUUCUUUUGGGGCAACUUGAAUGGAAUAUUCAAUCGGACCCCUCUCUAGAUAAUUGUUCAUAUGAGGAAGUCUGGCGCCGCCACCGGGACCUUAUGAAAUCUCUUUACGGGGAACAUUGUCCCGCCUUUGUCCGACAAGGAUACCCCGUCAUCGUGGACAAAGAGGCCCUGAACUCUGUCCUAGAAGCCACUUCACCAGAUGUAUGGACGGCUGGUGAUAGUCAUAGGACGAUGGCCUACGUGAAUGUGCUUGAUAUGCAAUGGUUUGAAGUACAGGAUGAGCCGGAUAAUGGAAUUGGAUCGGAAGUCGGGUGGACGAGGGUUUCGGCUCAUAAGCUUUAUCCUAGGUUGUAUUCGUUACUGGCAAGUGGAAUGUGGCCGCAGGUCGUCUAUCGUGAUCCUCCCACAAUUUCUCGUUUAAGCUAA